CGACCGCUCCAUCUUAGUGUGCAAAUGAAACAUCGAAGCCUACGUGCUGGUGCUGUAUGGUAACUUCGUCCGACGACCUUUCGCGUUGGUGCAAGUACAAAGAAAAGGCAUGAAGCAGCUUGGGAAAAGAUGCUGUUGAGAUAAUGAUGAAAAUAGGCUUCGUGAGCAAAUAGUCGAGAGAAAGAAAAGUUAAGAGGCUAUCGUGAGUGCUAGAGAGACCCAAAAUGAAACAAGCCCAGAGUAAGCGGCGAUGCUGCGUUAGCUACUUAGAAAAUAGAGAGACUGCAUCGCUUUGGAUGACAGCAAUAGUAUCUUCCUUGAAGUUCUUCCUAGGAUAAAGAUGGAAUAGCAUCACAAUCAAAUACGAAAACAUAAGAAAUACUUGCAACUAGCUUUAUUGGCCUCGACAUCGAGGAAGAGAAACAAAGAAGAUGUCGAUCUUCAGUCUCCGUGACUAUCUGUCGCAAGAGAACCGGCGAAUAGAGGAGCAGAAUCGCACGCACAACAGAACUAGAGAUGCUUAUGGGCGUGGUACUACUUGUUCAAACGAUUUUGGAACAGAACUAGAGAUGCUUAUGGGCGUGGUACUAAUACUUGUUCUGUAAUCGAUUUUAUCCGUCCUAUGAAAAAUAAACUUUAUUUCAGCACCCUCCAUGUUGAUGGAUUUGUAUGAACAGCCACCAGCGACGGACAGUCAACUGCGAAAGGAUAGGUACUAACACUUCUCCUGGUUUUUCAGGACGGGUUAUUCUCUUGGUUAGUCUGUUCCAUUACACUCCUACCUAAUAUUCCUGGUUCGUCUACAUUUUUUUUCUUCCUUGCAGUCCAGUGGUAAGUACCGAAGUUCAGUGACCAUCAUGACCCUGCUUCCCCCUUUUUCACCAGGUCCCAGUCCUCCAAACGAAGGCAGCGUACCGACACAGACCUCAGUAAAGCGAGCUAUUCGAACCCACGGACACCGGUGUCGACAGCCAAUCACGGCGUUGUGGAUGCGAGUAGGAACAAGAGUAGCUAUAGCCUCUUUGGAGACUGUAUGACUUCGCCGUUACAGCCGAGGCACAGUGCGGAGUUUAUCGUUGGAGCGGGUUUAUCUUCGCCACGUCGCAAUCCAAGACGGUCGUCACGCGGACAACAGGUCGAACCGUCACCGGCAGACUCACACGAGAGUUUCAACAAUGGAGGCUAUGUAGAUCGUACGAGGCCACAACAGCUAUUGAGUACAUCUACAUCUACGACUACUGGAGGAGGAGGAGCAAUCCGAGUUUUGCCACCGCGUGCACAACCUUCAAGUGGCGCAGCCGUCAGCGGCUCGGUCGGGGGGACAGCGCCAGUAAUAAUGCCGCCAAGUACUGGAGGUGGAGAACAAGAUGCGGGAACAGGUUAUAGCUAUGGUCCGCCGAUUUUGAUUGGACUAGAACUUUAUCAUCUAUUUAACUAUCCGCAAAUGGUAGAUGUAGAUGUGGAUGUGUCAUCAUGAAAAAUCUUUUCUUUCACGACCCGCUGCUUACCACGUGUUUACAACUAGGAAAACCGGAGUAACUAAAAUAAAGGAUGUACGAUUCCACAAAACCUCCGCUAACUUCUCUACACAACGCCCCAAGUUGGAGGUGGUAUUGUCACCCCCGCGACCGUUUGGGACUUGUCUUCAGCGGAUGAAUUCGCACCACCCUCAGCUCUGCCAGCUUAUUCGAGUUCUCCUUACUUCGAAGCGCAGAGAGUCCAGUUACAAGUUCAUCAUAGUGCAAGUGCAGGCGUAGGAACAAGCAGCAUUCCGUUGAUUCCUCCUCCAAUGAGUAGUUCAACGUCGUUUUACACUCAGGAGCUGCAUCAGAACUACAGAGGCUUAGCAGGGGGACAAGGAGGUUCUGCAUCGGCAUCCAACACUUCAACUCCCACUCUUACAUUUAAGGCUUGCCGUAAUUCAUCUGGAGAAGCAUCUGGAGAAGCAUCUUUGGCACGGUUUCAAGGGGUAAACACGUUAGAAAUGCUUUCCACCAAGAUGAAUUGAGGCAUGAAGCGCUAAUACAUCAUCCGCUUUUGUAGACCAACCUUAUCCGAGGCCUAAGAGAACCCAUCUUCGUAAGAUUGGCGUCACUAGUUUGGAAGGAAUCAACAUUUUGGACGAAGCUAGCAAAAGUACAGCAGCGGGUUCUACUCCGUUGUCCAGUAGUACAUCAUCGACGCGAGGAGGUGUGCAGCGUGAUCCCAGAAUGUUUCCAUCUGAGCAAGCUCCAGAAGAGGAUACUAAGGGCAGAACAUGCGAGAUCCCAUCAUGGAUGUAUGCGGAUUGUCUUGACGUCAACUCGGAUCGGGAUACGGAGUUGAGGUUGUGGUGAUCACAUCAUUUGCAGCACUGUGAAGGAGGUUCUCUACUCAGCUACAAAAUUUUGAAUUUUCAUUCCCAUUUUGUUGUGCAUGACGCAUCUAGCACGUUUUUGUUCCAGGUCUGACAUUCAGCAGCAGGCACAGGGUCGCGCUUUCACAAUUUUUUUCCUAUGUGAGAACGCCGGAGAAGUAUUUUGUUAUUGAUUCAUGAUGAUUUUAAUAUGUGCAUGCCACCAGCAUAGUGCCAGAGAAUAUAGCUCAAUAUUUUUCGAUUCAACGACACAAAGAUUCAAAGAGCGGCUUGUCGGUAAUCAAGGAGGAUUACUUGAGACGCGAAUGAAUGUUGAUUUUAUCUAUACACAUAACUAGUACUCAAAGAAGUUUUUGUGAUUGCAGAUACUAGACAGCAGGGACUGACAAGUACUCGAGAUGCAACGAAAUAAAAACGAUCCUCUUCCAAUGCAGAUGAAAUGAAUAAACUUGUACUUGAUGUCAUAGAAGUAUUUCCCUAUAAUCAAUCGAUCCUGUAGUAUGAUGGUCCUUUUAUUCUUCUGAACCGAGACGCGGAUGUCAAUGUAACAUAGUUAGUGGACAACAUGUUCAGCAAACUGAAACUUGUACAGAUACUACACACGACAGACGAAUGUUGAUGAACAGCAGACAGUGACAGGGUGGGGCGCUCUCGGUAGUCCUGAUCGAUUUCCUUUCUUGCUUACUAGUGUCAU